CUCCGCUCGCUCGCUCGGCCUGCGCCUCCAGUCCCGGCGAGGAGUGUUUGUAAACAUCAGCUCACGUGCAAGCUAUAGGUCGCGACUGAUUUGGCAUUCCGCGAUUCCGUUUUGUCAAAAGGCGUCGGCCAAAUCGGCGCGUGAAUUUGCGACGUUAGUCGUUGAGCGCUGAAACAGCUAUAUUUAGAGCGAUCGAAACUCGCCGUUGCCGAGGUCUCCGCUGUGACGCGCCUCCUCCUUUGCCGAGAGAAACCGCGCGGCGGGCCGCGCCCACUGUCACGACAGCUGCCGCCACGGAGUGUCAACCAUUUCUGGGUCAGGCAUGGUCCUGCUGAAUGCUUUGUCGCCGGAAUGGGUUAUCCUGGCGGCGACGACCACUGUUCUGCUUUACCUAUAUGUUACACGGAAUCGGAACUACUGGAAGAACCAAAACGUGCCAUCGGAGCCAUUCUCGCUCAUAUUCGGUGCCACGUUAAAGCUUUUUACGAACCCAGUGCACGAGCUCGACCUUGCUAGGUACAAAAAGUACGGAAACCUUUUUGGUGCUUUCGAAAUGGGGAAGCCCAUCCUGUUCGUAGCGGACCCAAAGCUGGUGAAGCAGGUGCUAGUCGACGACUUCUCGUCCCUGCCUAACCGAAGGACGCUGAGUAUCAAUGAACCGCUCCUGGACAAUAUGAUGAGCAUGGCCCCAGUGGAUGUGUGGCGAAAAGUUCGCUUGGGUUCGGCGCCGGCGUUCUCUACUAAAGUGCUGCGAAAAAUGAAUGAUAUGAUUGAGGACUGCGCUUUAACGACAACGGAGCACCUUAAGAAAGCAGCGUCUAAAGAAGAUGACAUCGAUGUGAAACAGCUCUUCUGGGACUACGCGUUGGAUCUGAUCGCGAAGUGCGCCUUCGGCAUGAAGCUGGAUUCUCAUACGGACCCAACAAACGAGUUUGUCACGCAGUCAAAGCAAGUCCUUUCUCAACGCUUCACCCCACGCUUGUUUGUGAUGAUUGUUUUUCCAGCCAUGGCAAAAAGGUUUCGCAUCGGGCCAAUGAAGCCAGACGUUAUCGCUUUCUUCAGAAAUCUUUGCCAGAACACAAUGAAAGCCAAUAGAGACGCCAAAAUGGACCAUGAAAACUUUCUGCAAUUGCUGAUUGACGGAAAGACAGGACACCUUCACGCGGAUCAAGAAAAAGCUUUUGAAAGGGAUCAUCGGCUGUUCGACAUCAGUUCUGAUAUCAAGGCAGAUGCUCCAUCAUCCUUGGAAAUAAAGUUAACGGAAGACGAAGCCAUGGCGCAAUGUAUACUGUUCUUUCUGGCCGGUCAACAGAAGGCUUCGACCGCAAUAGCCUGUGCCCUUUACCUGCUGGCCAUUCAUCCGGAAGUACAAGAUAGGCUGAGGAAAGAAGUCGAUGAAUGUUGUAUGGUCCAUGGGGAUCGCCCUAGCCUGGAUGCGAUCACGAAGCUGAAGUAUCUUCACUGCGUUGUCUCGGAGACUCUGCGCUUGCACCCGCCGGUAUCGCGACUGGAGCGAUCGCCUUGUGAAGACUACAUUAUCGGAGACACCGGAGUGAAGGUGACAAAAAGUGACAUCGUCGCAGUUCCCGUCUAUGCCAUGCAGCACGACCCGCAGUACUUUCCCGAGCCAUUCACCUUUGACCCAGAAAGGUUCAACGACGAGAACGUGGGUUCGAUCCAGCCGUACACUUACUUGCCCUUCGGUGCUGGACCACGAAAUUGUAUUGGCAUAAGCUUCACCCUGCAUGCGAUGAAGCUGUCCAUCUUUCACACAAUUCGCAAUGUGCAAGUGGUGCGGACUGAAAAGACCAAAGUUCCUCUGGUGUUCCAAAAUGGGUUCAGGCCUCUGACGGCUGAGGAUGUCACGCUGGGAAUCAGGAAACCAGAGGUAGAACAAGGAAUGUCGCUGAAGCCAACGUUUCCGCAAGCAGACUUUGUCAGAGCCAUGAAGACAAGGCCUGAUGGAGGCAAGUGCCUUGUGUACGUGUCACGGAAUCGAAACUACUGGAAAAACCAGAAUGUCGUGUCGGAACCAUUUUCCUUUCCGUUUGGCGCCAGUUUGAAAUUGUUUCUCAGGCCCAUGUGCCACCUUGAUUCUGAAAGAUACCAACGAUAUGGAAGGGUUUUUGGUACCUUCGAAAUGGGAAAGGCCGUUUUGUUUGUCGGAGAAGCAGAACUGGUCAAGCAGGUCCUAGUCAACGAUUUUCCAUCGCUUCCCAACCGAAGGACCGUAAAGUUCAACCACCCCGUGCUGGACAACAUGAUGAGCAUGGUGCCCUUUGAACGAUGGAGGGAUAUUCGCAUGCCAGUGGCGCACGCAUUCUCCGCUGGAAACGUGAAAAAGAUGAAUUCUUUGAUAGAAGACUGUGCGUUAGUAACGGCAGAUCACCUGAAGAGAGCGGCGUCGAAUGAAGAGGACAUCGAUAUCAAAAAGUUCUUUGCGAACUACACCCUGGACGUGGUUGCAAGAUGCGUAUUCGCCAAACGGAUAGACUCUCAGUCUGACAAGAAAAGCGACUUCGUCGUGCACUCGAGGCAGGCUCCUUCAGGGAGCGUUACGCCGCGUAUCUUGAUGCAUUUACUGUUUCCGUUCAUAGCAAGAGCAACUGGCCUUCUACCGCUCAGCCCAAGUGUAUUAGCCUACUUCAGGAGCAUAGGCCAGAAUAUAAUCAAAAACACGGAGAAGGAACCACAAGAUGAGAACUUUCUUCGUUUGUUUCUGAACCCCCAAGAGAAACCUGAAGAAGCACAGGAUACUUCCUUUGAGAGAGACCAGCGGCUGUUCAACCUUGGCUCUGAUAUGAAGCCAGAUACAUCAUUAAACUCUCUUCAAAAGCUUAAUGAAGACCAAGCCAUGGCCCAGUGUUUGCUUUUCUUCAUUGCUGGCCAAGAAACUACUGCAAGAGCGAUCGCCUACACGUUGUAUUUGCUAGCUAUUCAUCCAGAUGUACAAACACAGUUGAGGAAGGAAGUCAACGAAUGCUUUGCAACUCAUGGUGAUCAUCCUGACCUGGAAGCUAUCACGAAGCUAAAGUAUCUGCACUGUGUUAUCUCAGAGUCUCUUCGGAUGUACCCACCAGUUUCAAGACUUGAGCGAGUGCCUUGCUGUGACUACGCGCUUGGAGACAAAGGCGUGAAACUGAAGCAAGGUGAUCUAAUCACAAUUCCUGUUUACGCCAUGCACCACGACCCGCAGUACUUUCCUGACCCAUGGGCGUUCAAGCCGGAAAGGUUCGACGACGAGAACGUCGCUUCAAUUAAACCAUACACGUACCUUCCAUUCGGUGGUGGACCGCGCAAUUGCUUGGCGUUGCGCUUUGCCCUCCAAGUUGUGAAGCUUUCUGUGCUUCACACCAUUCGCAAUAUCCAGGUGAUUCGAACCGAUAAAACCAGAGUUCCCUUGGAAUUCAAGAACGGUUUUGGCCUCUUGACUGCGAAAGAAAUAAUUUUGGGCAUAAGGAAACUUCCCUAGCUCGAUCGACCGCCAUGAAUGCGCUCACAUCACCGGACAUGACAUCAACUCGAUGUCGUCAUGCAGCGCUGAUCCUCCGCGCAAUGUGCAAUUAGCGCGACUUUCAACAUGAUGUUUAAGCCAUGGAAUAUAACCAAGAAUGGGGAGCUGUACGACUGCAUCUAGUGCGAAAAUAAGAGAAAAAAAAAGCACCGAUUUAAAAUCACGACAAUGCAGUCCUUUCUUUGACGGCACCUCUACAUACGUUGCUUUUGACUUCACCUCCGGGAUUGAGUUCGAUAUCGGUCUCGACCUCGUUUUCUGGUUGAUUUAUUUAUUUACAAAUACUGUCACUCCAUAUCAGGACCAAGGGAGGGGUGGGAAAAUAACGAUCGGUAAAUAUACAAUACAAAGUCAACAAAAUAAGAAGAAAUAAAAGAGAAAGAAUGAAAAGAUGAAGCAAUGUAAUCAUGCAUCCUACGGUUGCAAAUAUUCAGAAAGAAGAACAAAAACUGUUCGAAAGUUCUCGCGUUUACAACGGGUGUUGGAAGACAAUCCCAAUCACGGGCUGUCGAAAGAAAAAAAAAAGGAAUAUUUGUAACAAUCUUUAGAAAAAUGGCCUUCCUUAACGGGUCUAUUGUGUUUAUUACGCACUAUUCUGGACUUUGUCCAAUUUAUGUACAUAUAACGUAAAAUGUACAUAACUUACGAUUUAUGUGCUGACUAGGACUAGGUUAUUAUUGAUAGAAUAGAAAAGCUGGUGUCAUUUUUCUUUCUUCCGAACACCAUGUAGAGGAAGGUUUACUUUCUCAUAGAGCGGUGUUACUGCGUCUUGCCGCCUAUACUGUGAGAAAAUAAAGCCCAGACGGCGUGUCUGCACUUUCUCUGCA